UUUACCACUAAGCAAGAGGCCGAACAUCGUUACAGAACAGAACAUCAUAAACUUCUAUAAUAUGUCAAAUGCUCCCAAUCAAAAUGGACAGGGUCUAGAACAGCAGUUUGCUGGUCUAGGCUUAGGAGACAACAGUCGUCCUUACAACAACUACAACAAUGCACCGAAAUAUUGGCCUAACCAAGCUAACAGAUUUCAGGGACCACCUCCCAACUACAAAGAACAAGGACAAGGUUUUAACGACUCUGGGUCCCGUUAUGUCCCACCCCAUGUGAGAAAUGCUGGACAAGGGCCACCACCCAAUGUCCCACCCCCGCAGAAUGACCAAAAAGAGGGUGGAAACCGAGGUGGAUAUCAGCAGAACUACAACCGAGGAGGAGGUGGUGGAGGUGGAGGAUAUGCUAUGAAUGGAGGACCUCCACAGAGCUAUAGUCAACCAAAUGGACUUGAACAAAAGGACAGUUUAACAACAAAAAAUGGAAUGGAACUAGAAACAGACAUGGGAAAUGAUCGUGGUGGAUAUAGUUCCUACAAUCGUGGAGGAAGAGGUGGUUACUCAGCAGGAUACCAGGGUAACCAAGGUGGUGGAUACCAGGGCAGUCAAGGGGGUUAUAACCAAGGUGGUUUCCAAGGGAACCAGGCAGGAUACACCAACUAUAACAAUCGUGGAGGUUAUCAGGGCAACCAAGGAGGAGGAUAUGGUCGUGGAGGUGGUGGUGAUAGAAUGAACAGACAGGGCAGUGCACCACCUUUCUCUGGAGGAUAUGCAGGAGGCAGCUCCAGAUGGGAUGCUCUCAAAGAUGACUCUCGCCAACCAUACAAUGACAACCGUGGUGGCUACAACACUGGCUUUGAUGGUGGUCGUGGUGGAGCAAAUGGAGCUGGUGGAUACCAAAACUACAAUCGACGUGAUAUGGGUAGAGGUGGAGGUCAGGCCCGUGACAGUGGCUUGCAGAUAAAUAAUCGUUGGGACAAUAGAACUGAAUAUAACAAUCCUGAAGGAGGUUACCCUGAGGCCACAAAGGACAACUGGACUGUUCCUCUUCCAAGAAACGACAGACUAGAAAAUGAAUUGUUCGGUGGUAAUAAUAGUGGUAUAAACUUUGACAAGUAUGAUGAUAUUCCUGUAGAAGCCACAGGAGAAAAUGUACCAAAAUGUGUAGAUACUUUUGAGGAAACAACUUUGGGAGAAAUUAUUAGAAAUAAUAUUGUACUGACCAAAUACAGUAAACCUACACCUGUACAGAAAUAUUCUUUGCCUAUUGUACUAAACAAGAGAGAUUUAAUGGCUUGUGCACAAACAGGUUCUGGAAAGACUGCUGCCUUUUUAGUACCAAUUUUGAAUCGUGUGUACGAGAAUGGACCUGCUGAACAAGCUACACAAGAGGGAAGACAGUACGGAAGAAGGAAACAAUUCCCAUUAGCUUUGGUUUUGGCUCCAACCAGAGAGUUGGCCUCACAGAUCUAUGAUGAAGCUAGAAAGUUUGCUUAUCGUUCCCGAGUUCGUCCCUGUGUAGUCUAUGGAGGUGCCGAUAUAGGAGCACAGAUGAGAGACCUUGAUAAAGGAUGCCAUCUCCUUGUGGCCACACCUGGUCGUCUUGUUGACAUGAUUGAAAGAGGAAAAAUUGGUCUUGAUCAUUGCAAAUUUUUAGUUCUUGAUGAGGCUGAUAGGAUGUUAGACAUGGGAUUUGAACCACAGAUUAGAAGAAUUGUUGAGAAAGAUACCAUGCCAUCUUGUGGUAUAAGACAAACGCUUAUGUUCAGUGCUACAUUCCCCAAGGAAAUUCAGAUUCUGGCACGAGAUUUCUUGGAAAACUACAUUUUCUUGGCUGUUGGCAGAGUUGGAAGUACCAGUGAGAAUAUUACACAGAAAGUUGUGUGGGUAGAAGAAGGGGAAAAGCGAUCUUUCUUGUUGGACUUGUUAAAUGCUGCAGCUGGUCCAGAUUCAUUGACAUUAGUUUUUGUUGAAACCAAGAAGGGAGCUGAUGCUCUAGAAGAUUUCUUAAUUCGUGAAGGUUACCCAGCAACCAGUAUUCAUGGAGAUAGAUCACAAAAGGAACGUGAAGAAGCAUUAGCUAGCUUCAGAAAUGGUGACAGACCAAUUAUUGUAGCCACUGCUGUGGCAGCAAGAGGAUUGGAUAUCCCAAAUGUGAAACAUGUGGUGAACUUUGACCUUCCAAGUGAUAUUGAGGAAUAUGUUCACAGAAUUGGUAGAACUGGCAGAGUAGGAAAUCUGGGUUUGGCAACUUCUUUCUUCAAUGAAAAGAAUAAGAACAUUGUUCGUGAUUUAAUGGAUCUAUUAGUAGAAUCUCAUCAGGAAGUGCCAUCAUGGUUAGAAUCCAUGGGAUAUGAUGCUAGACCUAGUGGAACAUCUAGACGAGGUGCAUCUAAAAGAUUUGGUGGAGCUGGCUUUGGGUCCAGAGAUUAUCGUCAACAAAGUAAACCAAAGCCUCAACAGAACAUGGGGGGAUAUGGCAAUCCUAUGCCUGCUCCAGUUUACAAUAAUUAUGGUGGAUCUUAUGGCGGUUCAUAUGGUGGAAGUUACAGUAACAACUCUGGUCCAGACUGGUGGGGAAACUAAUAACAGACAAUUUAUACAACCACAUUUGUUCUUGUGUAAUUGUUUUUUUGAUGGGUAACUAGUGAGGGAGAACCGGUGCUGUCAGUAAGAUUUUCCAAGUUUAAAUUUGUUCCCAUGUCCAUGGUACUCAGCUAUUGACACAAUCUGGACUUGCCAUUUUGUAUUUGAUAGGAUACAAGUCAAAGUAUAUACUAGAAUUUUAAAGAAAAAGUAAUUGAUUUUCUAAAAAUUAGUUUAUUGAGAAUAUACUGUAAAGCAGUUAUUUGCUUUUAAAUUCCUUGUGGUCAUUUUUGGGGUGACAAAGGUUUUUUGUUUUAUUUGAUAAAGUACCCCAAUUUUUAUUUAUGGAUUGAAAACAUUUACACUUUUCAUUACCAUUAAGUUUCUAGCUGUCAAUAUUAAUGAUUUACAGUAUUUAUAAUGACAACUUAAAUAAAUUUGAGGUAUAAUUUGUGAGAAAUGCUAAUUUUUUAAGUGACGAUUUUUUUUUGUAUCCAGUCUUCAGGUACACCAAAGUUAUGACUAGCUAAAUCAAUACCUAAAUUUUUGUCAUUUAAGUGAUAUAUUUAGUUAUGAAAAAUAAGUAAAAACAAAAAAUGUUCAAGAAUUUAAAUUUUUUUUUUCUUGCAAACCCUGAUCGACACAAUACAUUUGUUUAUGGAUCAUAUUUUUAAAUAAAACUUCUUUUUGGAAGUGAUUCAUUAAGUAUAAGCAAAGAAAAGUACUUACUUCAUUUUUGAUAUUUUUUUUUUAAAUGUUAUUGGUUUAAAUUGUUGCUCAAAUGUAAUUUGAUUUUGUGAUAGUCACUUCCUACUGAAGUAGGUCAGUGACUUGAAUUUGUUGAUAAGAGUAAUUACCCUUUUUAUGGUGCCAAGGAUUUGCAUUGAUCAGGUGCAUCAAGAACUUGUUAUUGUUUGAGAGCAAACAUAAAAUCAAUGAAAGGUUUAUUACAUUGACAUUCCAAAACUUGGCGAGCAGAUAUCAAAUUUUAGUUGUGCCUUUGCAUGCUUGCAUUACAAAAUUUCAUCAUGAUUUCAUAUAUUAAAGUACAAAGUAUAAUAUGUUUAAAAGUAUAUUCUUUUAAUAAUAUGACAGAUUUUGUAUUAUUACUUCAAAGUUAUCGGAUGAAAAAAAAGAGCUGUCUUGCUAAAGAAUUGCUUUCUUCAGAAUUCAUCUUUUUUUAUUUUGCCAGAAAGUGUUUUAUUGUACAUGUAUAUUCCUAACUAAUUCUUUUAAAAAUUGAUUGAUCAACAUUAUAACUAGAGCUGAAAGGGAACAUGCAACCCAUACAUGCAGAAGUUUUUAAUUUGUUUAGCAAAAGAAUUGAAAAACUAAUAUGAAAAUAAAUGAGAGAUUGAACUUUUCAUUUUAUACAUUUUGUUGAAUAAUUUACUGCCUGAAAUUUGAUUAAAGUUGAUUUAAUUGAUGCAUUUUGCAUGUUAAAAUAGAUUAAACAUUUGUACAUUGACUAAAAUUAAGACAAACAAAUAUAAUGUGCAAUGAUAAUAUAACAUAUACAUGCGUUUUUUUUCUCAUGGCUCAUUUGUGAAAUCCAAGUAUUUUGUAUUUAUUAGAUUUUACUGUCUCAGUAUUCUAUUUGUGCAAUCAAUAUUUAUAAAUGUAAAUAAAUAUUUACCUUGCCCUUGAAUAUUGAGCUUAAAGAAAAUGAAAGUGAUUAUUUACAAUUGAUAAUCAGUAGGUUGAAUAAACUCAUAUUAUUUCAUUUGUGUCUUAACCAUUGUUAUAUUUUACAUACAUUGUCACAUUUCUGGUAGAAGGGAAAUCAUUUUAAAUUUAGACAUUCAUUUCAUUAUUUCUUUUUAAUUGUGAUGAUAAAAAGUAAUUAAUUGAUUUAGAUAACAAUGGCUGUUGCAUUUGUUUUUAUUGUCCAUAAAUAUUUUGAAAUAUUUGGUUUAGAAAUUCCAAAUGAAAAUUUUCCUCUUGCCAUUGUAAAGUUACAAAAUUAGUUAAGAUGGUAAUUUUAAAAUCAUUUAAGUUUGAUUGCAUUACUUUGUUUUAUAAAAAUUACAGUCUUGUUAAAGACCAAAAUAAUUUAUUGAAGUAUAAGAUGUUUGACAUAACAUAUUUAGUGUUAAGAACUUGUCCUAUCCAAGGAAGAGAUGUCGUUCAUUAUUAUGGGGUAAAUAGAUCCCUUCACUUGUAAGUUAAAGGGUUUUUGGUUGGAUCAGAGCACUGGUACAGGUAUAUUUUUUAUUCAUUCCUGUUAUGAGUGCCAUACAUUUUUGGGGAUACCAAUCUUACUGGUUCUGCCUCUGGUUACUCGGCCUGACAUUUUAUUGUGUAGUGUAGUCUAUAUAUGCCGUCCUGUUAAUGUACUAUCAAAUUUUUAUGACAAUUGUUGUGCCAAUAUCUAUGGCACCACUUAUGUAAUCUCAGUUGAUUGUGACGAGAUUUAAGAAAAACAAUGAAGAUAUCUGGUAUCAAAUUACAUGUGUAAUUUCUUCUGAUAACAAUACCUUGUAGACCAGUUCCAGUAACUAUAAUAUACAUGAAAUGUAAACCUAACAUGUUUAAAACUGUACGCAAUUUGAACAGCAGACUUUUGAUACCAGUUAUUUUCUGAUCAUGGAACAGUAUUAUGGCAUGUAGUGUGAAUCUUGACCAAAAUAUACUCAAAGUCUUUCAGAUAUUGAAUUGUUUACUGUCAUUUUUGGUAGUCUGUUUUAUUGAUGACAUUGUUGAUACUCACCAAAUUUUAACCAGCUCUGAUGCAACAGAUUUGUAAUAUUUGUUGCUCUAUGCUUGUUAAUUUUGUAUGAGCAUCAAUGAACAAGUUUUCCCUGUCAGUUACAUGAUUUAAAAUGAGGGAAAAUAAAAGGAACUUGAUGUGCUCUUUUAUUCUUACUGACAUUUAUAUAUUUUAAUGAUGCAUAGAAAGGAUUGUUUUCAGUAAAUGUAACAAGUUGUGAAUUGAUCUUCAUUCAAUAUUUUGUUACAUUAUUUCAAGAGUUUUCUUUUAAUUGUGGUUAUAUCACAUUAAAAUAGAGAAGAAAACAAAUACCAUCUGGUUUUUUUCCAGUAUUUACUUUUUUAAUAUUUGAUUUGUUCAAAACAUUUGUCUGAGGUUAAUAAGUACUCCAAAACAAUGAUUAACCGCUUCAGAUUUAUUCUAUGAAUGUGUUCAUAAUUUAUUAUACUUCCAUUAUGAUUGUAAUAAUAUAAAAACAAUUCAAAUUUGAAAGUAUACGAUAAACACUGCCCAAUUGUCCUACUCGCAGAAAUUUUUGUGGAUAAAAAUUCUCAUUUUAGACUUAGCAACAAAUUUUCUUCAUUAGAGUUUUUGUGGUUAGGACAGCCUGUAUACAAGUAUUCAAGACUUUGAUCUCAGGGUAUGAAAAGAAUUGUGAUUUUGGAAGUGUGCCCCUUUAGUGAUGGUGUCUUACGGCACAGUAUUCUUAUAGAAUUAAGGAUGCCAUAUUUUGCACAUUACAUGCCAUUGUAUGAAAUAUAAUAAGCUCUCUUGUUAAGAUUGUUAUCAUCUUGUCAUAGUGUUGCUGGGUUGAAAUACACAUUUUUUGUUUAUAAAACAUAUCCAUUGUUGGUAAAUUUUAUUUUAUAGAUAAUAGAUAGAAAUGCAAGUGUUCAGGAAAAAUAGAAUUUACCUGCGAUAUUUUGUAAAGAAAAAGAAUUUUGUCCUCAUUCCAGUGUAUUUUGUUUGAUCUUUUUAAUUGACUGUCAGUGUCUUUCCAUGAUAUAUAUAAAACUUGCCAUGUCUUUAAAUGUAUUUUCAAUUUCAUAAUUAAAGAAUCAUGUCUUAAACACACAAGAUAUUAAUUUUUGUAAAUAUGCUUCCAAAAUUUGUUCUUUUUGGUACAAGACAAUGUUGUGUUACUGUACCUGUCCAAUACGGUUCUCAGAUAUGGUAAAUUCUGUGAAUAUUUAAAAGUUUUUGAAAGUUCAAAUGAUUAGACAUAAUGUAGUAAUUUAUGAGAAUUAAUAUCUGUGCAUUUAAGAUUAGUGGUCUUCAUAUUUUGUGAGUGUUCAGUUAUCUUUGUUGUACAUUGUUCUAGUUUUGACUAUAAUUGGAUUUGUUAUAAUGUGUAUAAAUAGUUAAUUUUUCAUUGGUAUGCUGAAUUGCUUUGAAUCUCAGAUUUUUUUUAUAUAGACAUCUGGCUCAGUUAAAAUAUGUAAUAUUCUUUCAGCAUAGAUUGGUGCAAUAUAUGAUAUUUAUUGCAUUUUUGUGACAACUGACUAUUUUGACAUCAAAUAUAUUUUCAGCAGACCAAAUUAAUAGAUAUAAGAUUAAAUCUCAAUUCUUAUGUCAACAAUUUUAAUAUCAUAAUCUGUUUUACAAAAUCUUAAAUUAAGAUAUGCUUAGAUGAAGUUAUAAUUUAACAACUCCAUGGAGGACGAGAGUAAUGUAAGAAUUUUCAGUCACAGGUAAUAUCAGUGAUUGUUGUUUCCUGUAGGUUUAUUGAUUGCCUGUGAAAUAAAUGUUCAGGUAUACAAACUGACUCAGUGUUUUAUUUAUGUCAAAUUUUCAUCCUCUGCUCAUAAAAAUUUCCUCAUAUUCAUAAUAUUAUGUGAUAUAAAGAUCUGAUUUAUAUGUAAGUCAAGACUUGGUGCUCAGUUUUAUGCAAUUAAUUAUUCUAAAAUAGUGCUUCCAAAGGAAAAUCAAACAAAUUAAGUGUAAGUGGUGAUAACAGCCUUUAGUUGGCUGAUAUUUUUCCUUUUGCAUAUUGUUAUUUGAUAUUUGUUUAAUAUUGUUUAGAAUCAAGUUAUCUGUGAUUUUUUUUCUACAGCUAAGUGCAAUCUUUACUGACAAGUAGAAGGAGCAAAUGUUAAAAUAAUGUUUUUUAAACAUUUUUAUUUUAUUUUUUUUAUUUAUUUUUCAUUUAAUUUUUUUUUGCAAAUGGCAAUCUGUUUGAUUUUUAUCAUUUUAUCUUUUAUAAAACUGAAUGAGAGGGUCUUGAUUUUUGUGUUGUGAGUGUGGGGAAGUGUACAUGUUGCAGGGGAUGAUUUGGUUAAAGAUUGGUUUUGAAAUAGGUAUAUUUUUAUGGUAUAAAUAAGUACCUAUGUAAGAUGUUAGUUUUCAUUGUUGACAUCUUCCUGAUUAUUAUUAUAGGUGUACCCGUUAAUGUUUUAAAUUUGAAAAGUAAUUAAAAUAAUUUAAGUUAUUAAAAAUAUCGACUGAAAUUAUUAUUUGAAAUCAGUGUUCUCUCCAGGGCCAUUUGGAAUCAUUUGAAUGUGAUGUUCACGUAGAUUGUUUUAUGGAUAUGCUAUGAUACAUGGUGCUAAAAACAAAAAUGGUAUUUCAAAAUUCUCAUUUAACCAGGAUGUAUGAAAUUUGUGGAGAGAACACUGGAAAUAGUUAUACAAUUUGCUGUGAUAUUGCUGAGGGCAUUGUCAUAAAUCUGAAGAAAUUAAAUGAUUAUCUUUUUGUAUAAAAGAAACUUGAGACGUUUUUUUUUCAUGGUAUAGUUAGAAUCCACUAAUAAAUAACUGUUAACUGAAUAAAUCAAUUUGAUCAGGAGAUAAGUAUAAGUGCCUUAUAAUAUUACUCGAGUUCAGUAGUCAAAAAGUGAAAAUUUGAAAUGGCAUUUUCCUUCCUGUUGGGAUACAGAAACUCAUAAUGUUUUAAAUUCAGGGUAAGAUGUUCCAUGCCUGUUGCUGUCAAAUAAAUGUGUAUGAAGAGCACAGGAUGAUAACUUUUGGUGCGAUCUAUGUCAGCAUUGUUGAUAGUAAAAAUAUAUUGUUUUCUGAAUCUAGUCAAGUACUGAAAUGUAGACAAAUAAUUUUUUUAUUCCAUAGACUUAUUAUGCCUUGAUUACAUAAAAUGUUUUCUUAUAAUCUAUUGUUUUUCAUAUGAAUUUGAAAUGUUAACAUUGUAAUUUGUAUGAAACAGUGUAUACAGAGAUUCUGUUUUAAUAGCAACAAAAGGUAUUUGUUGGUACAUUUAUUUGUGAGCGAUUUCUAAAAAUGAUUUACACCAACAGUUACACACUGUGCAGUCAUAAAAUUAAGUAUUAAGUAAUAUGGUAAAAAUGAAUAUUACUUAAGAGUUUUGUAUAUCUUGUCAUGUGAAAUGAUAGUAAUAAUUCAUAUUUUCUUCUAAAAUUUGUUUACCAAUAACUAACCUCCUGGUGGAAAUUCUGAACAUUUAGUUUCUUUACCUUUGAAAUAGUUUUGGAGUGACAAUCAAUUUUUCAUUUACAUUAUGAAUGGUAUAUAUGAUUAAAAGGAGAUGGGGGUAUACAGUCUACCUCUUAAGGGUUAUUUAAACUAACAAUUUGGAAAAUACUGGAUGGGAUUUGAUUGUAAAUACCUGCCAUAUCCUGACUUUAUUUAGUUGUGAAACCAUUUUUGAGCAAGAAUUGUGCCAAGUUAUUCUUCAACAGUGUUUUAUUUUGUAAUAGUUACACAGGCCUUGCCUUCACGAUAACCUGACCGCCAAAAAUUUGUUCAUUAUGAAUAAUUAAUUCAGAACUGGUAUUCAAUUAAUUUAUACAUAUGAUCUAUACAUAGAUUGAUAAGUUUAUCAGUGAUAUUAUUAUAGAAGUAACUUGAAAUUUACCAACUGAAGUAAAACGAGUGAAAAAACAUUGAAGAGUGGAAGCAAGGCCUGGUAACAUAGUUCAAAGACUUCUUACAAAGAAGAUUUGUUUCUAGAUUUUAGUGGAUAAAAGUAAUGACACCACUGUUAUUUUAUUAUAUUAUG